CAAGGUUGAACGAUCUGUGCUGUUUUGGUGACCUUGGGUUUUUAAUGGUUUUUCGACGAGAUGUCAAGUACCAAAUUGCGAAGAAAAUACUUGAAAAUGUCCCAAAUGACCAUUUUCUUCCGAGACCGUAUCAGUUAGAUCUACUAAGUGCUGCCUACGAGAGAAACACAAUCAUAUGUUCAUCAAAUGAAUUGAAUAAAAUGUUUUUCGUCGUGAAUCUGAUCCGUGAAAUGCGUUUUGAUAAUCCGGGUAAACAAGUGAUUUACUUCACUGAGGGUUAGUUUGUAUUUAAGCAUGCGUUUAAUUUUCUUCACUUAGAUGCCAAAAUGAGUUCAAUUGAUAAUUUUGUCACCCAUCAUACCGGAUUAUCUUGUUGUUACUUUAAAUCUGAUGAAGAACAUAUUCGAAUAGAUUUCAUGAACUGGUUAACUGAUUUACGAGAAUACGAUGUGAUUCUAUUAUCUCCUUGGUUGAUUCCAGUCAUUGUCAUGUUAUCGUCGAUCAAUUUUUUUGUGAAGUUUAUACAUCAGUGUGCUUAUCUACUAGUGGUAGAUGAAUGUCACAUGGUUUUAGAUUCCAAUCAUCCACUAUCAAUCUUAUUUGGACCAAAUGGUCCAGUCAUUCGUACAGUAGUAACAGAAGAAGAAGAAGUCGGACGGAUGCAAGAUAUCUAUAACUACGAUAUACCAACAGUAGCAAAGGUUAGGAUUUUAUGUUUCACAUCUGCACUAUUGCCUCGAGAUAUAACAGAUCCAAAAAAGGCACAGUCACGUUUAGAAAUACUUGAAAGAAGAACCAACUGUCGUCUUGAAACCGCUUCAGAAUUAUUGACAAUGCUCGCAUUGGGUGCAAGACCAAAAGAGCAGGUUAUUUUUUGUCCAAAAUCAUCAUCCAAUUGUACAGUACCAUUCCAUAAGUUUAUGAUGGGAAUUUUUCAAGAAAUUAAAGAAUUUAUCUACAAUAUUGAAUCAAGUCUACCGCUUGCAAAACAUUCGUCAUUAUCCUCCUCAUCAUCAUCAUCAAUGGAUAAUUCUACAUGUAUGGUUACCAAUGCUGGAGGGUUUCGUAUCUGCGUACUCGACUAUUGUAAACGUGCUAUCAACCAAUGUGAAGAGAUUUUAAGUGAAUUAGGCCUUUGGUGUGCUGCACAAAUAGUCCGUGUAUUUGCUAAACACUUGAUUGCAUUGGAUCGACAACGUACUGAACUUUUCAAAAGUUGUAAAUCAAGUAUGAAUAAUGAUAAUAAUAAUAAUAAUAAUAAUAAUAAUAAUAAUAAUAAUAAUAAUAAAGAAAAUAAAGACGAAGACAAGAAUAAGGAUUAUUCACUGACUAUACCAAAGAUAAAUGAUGUUGAAAAUCGUAUUUCUUAUCUGUUACGUCAUACUGUAACACAAAUGUGUUUUCUUAGUCGUCUAUUUCAAAUGGAAUUCGAUUCGAUUUUAACCUUGAAAGAAUUUCAAAGUAUGGUAUCACCCAAAGUAUUACAUCUUAUUGAACAAUUGAAAUUGUACAAGCCAAAUAUGAAUUUUCGUAUUGAGGUAGCUGAAUUGCCUACUGCUAAAAAUUCAUCAUUAUCAUCGAUAAUAACGAAUACAUCGAUUAAUAAAAAUCAUCGUACAUGCAGUAAUGGAGGAAAAGGCGGAGGACGUCGACGUCGUAAUCGUAGUCAAGCAUCGAAAACAUCACAUUCCUCAAUAUCAUCAAUGGGUAUCAUCUCAUGUGAUAUGGAUUCCUUAUCGGAUAGUAUGUCGGAUACUAUGAGUAGUCUGUCAGAUGAUGAUGAUGAUGAUGAUAAUGAUAUUCGAAGUGUUCGUAGUUUCAGUUCCGCAAAAUCUCGGCUUUCAUCUAAAGGUCGUAAACGUAAAAAUAAAUCAAAUUGUUCAGCGAAUCUGCCCAAUUUAAAAGAUCUUCAUUUUGUCCCCGCAUCUACACUGAAUAACGGUGGUAUCAAACCCGAUGUCGAUCCAUCCACAUUGGUUUAUCGUGCUGUUUUAGACACAGAUCAUCGUCAUAAAAGUAAAAAUAAUUCUAAAUUUAUUGGAAAGGAACCUAUUGAAGGGGGCAACGAUGAAGGAGGAGGAGGCACUGUUGGUAGUACUUCUUCUUGUCGCCUAUGUGGUUUAAUUCUAGUUCCAUGUCAAUUCUCAGCGUAUGCAUUAUCGCGUUUAAUUGAUGAAUUAUGCAUAUGGGAUGUUGAUUUGUAUUUUAUCAAAAUUGGUCAUUUAUUUUGUCGUCAAACCUUGUUAAAAGACGAUAAUGAUGAUAUCACAGUAACAACAGCAUUAAAAAAAGCAAAACAAUAUGCAUCAAAUUUCAAUUCAUAUAAAACUUCUGUCAAAUUUGGUAAUGAACCCGUAAAUAAUGAAAAUUCUUCAACCAAUAGUCGUAAUCCAUUCUCUGUGAAUCAAGAAGAAACUAUAACAAAUUUUCGUCGUGGAGCUAUUAAUUUACUUGUAGCUACACAGGCUGCAAUAUCAGCUGUAACCACUACUGGUACUGAAUUGCCUAGGUGUAAUUUAGUCAUUGCACUACGUUUACCCAACAGUUUAGCUGAAUACUUAUCAAGCAAAGCGAGAUCAAGAUUAGUUGAUUAUGGUGCAAAAGUGAUUUAUUUAAUGGAUUCAAUAGAUCAAGAAAAUCGAUUGGAUUCUGAAAAACAAAGCGUAAUUGAAAAAACGGUUCAUACAAGUGAUGAUUGCAAUUAUGGGUCAGAGUAUAGUAGUCAUGCAAAUGAUCCAUUUUUGGGGAAGUUUCAACAGCUCGAACAACUUCUCAUUCAACGGUGUAGAGGUUACGGCGUCUUCUCUAAUGAACAUGAUGUUGAACCUACAGUGGCUGAUAAAAUUCUUCCACCAAUCCUUCCACGUGGUCCAAAUGGUCCAAAAUUCUAUUUAUCCAAAGCAAUCAAUGUGAUCAAUCAGUAUUGUGCACGUCUACCCAGUGAUUAUAUUACAAAUUUAGCACCAAAAUGGUACUGGAAAAUAUUUCCUCAACCUGAAAACUUUAAGCCUUCAUCAAUAGGACCAGGAUCAACAUGUGGUUCACAGAAAGAUUUACAACCGAAUGGAACCUAUAAUUUAUAUCAAUGCGUUUUACGCCUACCGAUCAAUAGUUCAAUAAAAGCAACAAUAGUUAGUGAAGCAAUGGUUUGCAAAAAGUUAGCAAAAUUUUCAGCAGCUUUAAAUGCUAUUCAGUUAUUGUAUAUAACAGGUGAAAUGGAUUCAAAAUGGGAGUUAACUAAUCAUCGUAAAUAUAAUAUUAAUCAUGAUGAUAACUUACACUCUCCAAUGAAAUAUCAACUGUCAGUUUCAUCUAGUAUAAAUAAUGAAUCUAUUGCAGACGGUGAAUCAGAUUAUGGAGAAUUAGCAUCAAGUUAUUGUGAAUCAGCUGAUGAAGAUAUGAAUUCAAGUAUGCAAAAUUCUGUUAGACGAAGACAAUAUUACUAUCGUAAAUUUCCUAUGCAAAUGUCUAACUGUUUACCUCAACCCGGUGAACCAUCACCAAAUUAUCUUUACUACAUUGAUAUGCGUUUGGUUAAUCCAUUGCCAGGACAACAACAAAAUCAACACGAUCGUCCGUGUCACUAUCCAGAAGAUGAACCUAUAAGCUUUGGUUUGUUAACUACUAAACCAAUUCAUCAUGUACCUGCAUUUCCAAUAUUCAGUAGAUCAGGGGAAGAAAAAGUAGGUUUUAUUGAAUUAUGGUCUCCAAAAUCAAAAUAUCAACCUUGUGAUCAAUACUUGCCUAUUCAAAGUCCUAGUUUAACGGAAGAACAAAUUGAUCAACUGAUUAAAUUUCAUCGUGUUCUUUUUCAGGAAGUUCUACGCUUUGAAAAAGACUCUGUUCUUGAGUUUAAUUUUGCAAAGGCCUAUUUACAGGUAUUGAUAGUACCAGCUAGACGAGACACCUGUUCAAUCGACUGGGAUUUUGUCAAUUUAGUAUUAACAUCAUUUUGUGAAAAAUCAGUUGGUCGUUUACUUCCUCGUAGACUAGUUGAAAUAUCACCACAGAAAUUGAAAGAACAAACUGAUCAAAUCAAAUUACAAGCUGGUGUUGGUAGUGGAUGUUCAACUGCCUCCUGCAAAUCACCAUUUAAUCAUCAUAACCGAGGUCGUGCUACCGAAGAUUUUAUCAAUGCUGUAGUUACACCUGGUUAUCGAAAUUUAGAUCAACCACAGUACUAUUAUGUUGCAGCUAUUAGAUACGAUAUGAAUCCAUUAUCACCAUUUCCAUCAGAAAGUUAUCGUAAUUUUGCUGCAUAUUACAUCAAUAAAUACAAUGUUUUAAUAACAACACAUAAUCAACCAUUAUUAGAUGUGAAUUUAACAGUAUUACGAUUGAAUCUGUUAAUACCACGUUAUAUGAAUAUACAUGGAUUUCAUUUAUUGACAUCUAGUAAUAGUGGUAAUGAUGGUGAUUGUAAUUCUUCCUCUGGCCUAACGUCUACUACUAAUUGUUCCAUACGUAAACACCACCAUCAACAUUAUGAUUGUCGCGAUAAUUUAACACACAAACAAUUAUUGAUUCCGGAACUUUGUUUUCGACAUUCAUUUCCAGCUUCAGUAUGGCGUAAAGCUGUCUGUAUUCCAAGUAUCCUCUACCGGUUAGAACAUUUAUUAUUAGCCGAAGAAUUACGUCAUCGUAUUGCGUAUGAAAUAAAUCUAGGCUGUGCAUACCUACCAGAGUGUAAGACUCUAUAUAAAGAAGAUUUUGUCAAAGUUUCCUCUCGCCACAAUUUGUCAAAAUCAGCAACAGUAUCUACGAUAUCAGUUGGAAAGAAUUUCGAUGACGAUAAUGAUGGUGCUCUGUUUGAAUCGUUAAACUUCCUAUUACCUGUCGUAGAGCCUGUGAUAGUGGAUGGUCAGUUGACUAAUGAAGGUGAUGACACCCUCUAUGGAAACCAUAAAAAUGAGAGAAAAACAUUGAAAACAAACUCGAUGAAUUGUAAUACUAACCGUCGUGGCAGUAGUAGUGGUGGUAGUGCCGUUAGAGGACGUGGUGGUCGUCGAAAACAGAACUAUCGUAAUGUGAACAUGAAAAAAAAGCGGCCGACGAGCAGUGAUAAAAUCAAAUCGACUAUGAAUGUCAAGGAUGAUCAGUCAGACGUUGAAAAGUUGACCGAAACAAUGAAUACAACUGAAUUAUUGGCCAGUAAAGAAAAUGAAACCAAUUACGUUUUGAAUAUCUCAAGCGAUGAUGGCAUUGGAAAUGAUGAUGAUGGUGAUGUUGAGGAUGAUGCCUCUGCCGAUUCAUCGUCUGAAAAGCCAGCAGUUCUAAAACUUCAUGCUGCAUCAGCAUCAUUGGUUAACAAUAAUCACUUAACUCAUAUAUCUUCUGCUUCAACAUACAGUCAGUUUAGUUUGUUAAAUGCCAAUUUGGAAUCAUUACUACAAGAGACAAAAGUAAUUGAAUUAAAUUCUAACGAUGUGAAUGAAGUAAAUAAUGAUGAGGAAGAUGAUUUCAGAGUUGUUGAAAAUUAUGUGAAUAUCGAUAAAGAAUACCUAGAGACUGGGUCUGAUACAGAAAGUGUUGACAGUUUCGAAGGGAAUGUGCGUUUCUUCCCACCUGAAGAUGAUGAUGAUGAUGAUGCUGUCGAUAAUUUAUGUGAGAUAAAUGUUUCAAAAAAGCCAACCUCAGGAGACUCAUCAAUUCACUUUUAUAAACGUGCUUUUCGGCCUGGACCUGCUACUGUUCUCCAAGCACUGACAAUGUCAUGUUCAAAUGAUUUUAUUAAUCUAGAACGUAUGGAAACAAUUGGUGAUAGUUUUUUAAAAUUCGUCGUCACAGUUUACCUAUAUCUUACUUAUCCUACUGCACAUGAAGGUAAACUGAGUCAUUUACGUAGCCGAAUUGUUUGUAAUUCAAAUUUGUAUCGUUUAGGCAAAGCUAAAGAUUUACAUAGUCGAAUGGUUGGUGGAAAAUUUGAACCACAUGAAAAUUGGGUACCACCUGGAUAUUAUGUACGUCAAGAUAAACGUCUAAACAAUGAAGUAGCUCGAAAGCCUACAUCAAGUCGUGAUUUAAUCAUUUGGUCAACUGAUACAUUGAUGGAUGAUGAAGUUCUACGUGAUAUCAAAGUAAUUGAUGAAAAUAAAAUUCAGCCUAUCGAAAAUUUCACUAUCUCUGAAUGGGAUCCAAAUGAUCCAAAGGUGAUACGUGCUCAACAUGUGCAUAAUCAUUGUUUAAUUGCAAUACAACAAGCUAUACCAGAUAAGUCGAUUGCAGAUUGUGUUGAAGCCUUAAUUGGUUGUUAUUUAACUACUCGUGGUGAACGUUCUGCUUUACGUUUAAUGCAAUGGUUUGGCAUUGAUUGUCUUCAUAUACAAGGUGACAGCCAACCAACUUCUGGAGCUCCUUGGUGCUUACCAAAGUCGAAUUAUUUAGACACUGAAGAAAAUAAAGCGUAUUUAGCUGAAGCACGUUUAGUCUGGAGAUUUGAUGAAUUGGAGGCUUCAUUGAAUUACACAUUUAAAGAUCCUAGUCUUUUAAUCCAGGCAUUUACACAUCCAUCCUAUCAUCAACUUCGUAUUCUACCGAAUACUAAUCAGUCUAUAAUGUUUCCUACAGAUUUAGAUUGUUAUCAACGAUUAGAAUUUUUAGGUGAUGCUGUCUUAGAUUAUGUAAUAACACGAUUUUUAUAUGAAGACUCUAAACAACAUUCUCCAGGUAUCCUUACUGAUUUAAGAUCAGCUUUAGUGAAUAAUAAUAUAUUUGCUGCUUUAGCUGUACGUAUUGGUCUACAUCGAUACUUUCGAGCUUCAUCACCACAAUUAUUGCAUACAAUUGAUGUAUUUGUUAGAUAUCAAAAAGAUGUAGCAAAGGAUGAUUUAGAUUUUAUUACAAAUGAGGAAAUUGAAGUACGACAACCAAAACUGAUGGAUACAUUUACUGAAGAAACUGUAAAUAAUUUAACCAGUUCUAAAAUACCUUCUUCAAAUUCACCUGUUAAUACAAACGGAGUUGAUAAACCUCACUCAAACCCAAUAAUUAUACAAAAUGCUCCUCGAAAUGAUGAAGAUGAUGAUUGCGAAGAAGAAGCAGACGAGGAAAAACAUGCAUCAUUGUUGAAUAAAGCUAAGGAAUGCGAAUCUAAAUGGCAGGCUGAGGAUACUGAAGAGUUGACUGGUUUAUUUGUUUCACAUUCAUGUGAUAAUAAACCGUCGUCAAAAACUGAACCGAAUAUAGUGAAAUCCAAUAAGCAGACUAAUAACAUCAACAAUAAUAACGUCAACCUAACACCUAAUCGGUUAUCUGAUGAUGUAGAAAUUCCCAAAGCCUUAGGCGACAUCUUUGAAUCUCUGGCUGGAGCUGUAUUCCUUGAUUCAAAUUUCAGUUUGGACACUGUUUGGCAAGUGUUUUAUCCAAUUAUGAAGGAGCGUAUCGAAAGAUAUACUGCAUGCAUUCCGAAAUCACCUGUUAGACAGUUGUUAGAAUUGGAACCAGAAGGAACGAAAUUUGAACGACCUCGAAGAAUGGUGGAUGGACGAAUUUCUGUUUGUGCUCAUGUAAUGGGCAAAGGUCGAUUUUAUGGUGUUGGACGAAAUUAUCGCCUAGCUAAAAGUCUAGCGGCUAAGCGUGCCUUGAGAGUAUUGCGUAAACUAAGUCAACCUCAAACAACAAUUAUCGGUGAAGAUAGAGAGAAAUGA